AUGAAGAAAAAUUCUAAAUCCAGAAAAGACGAAGAUUUGGAUAUGGAUUUGAUACCAGAAACAGGACUUUAUACAGUAGACGGAUAUCUUUUUUAUCACACAACAUCAAAAAGAUUGACGAAAGCUCAAGUUCAAAGAGUUGAAGGAAAUGGAAUCAAUAUUCAAUCAGCCAGAAACUUCUCCCUCAACGAAUCGGUGCAACUUUUCAAAAAUUGGAAAAAGUAUUGCGACGAAAACAAUAUUCCGGUUUUAAAAGCGUUGGAAUACAUGAAAUCGAGAGACGCCCAUUUUUUGAAACAUCAAGAAGAAAGGAAUUUUUGGGUGAAAUUAUGCCACGGACUACCGCAUCGAUCUGGCUACUGUAUCAAAACGCGAGCAAUAAAAAUGAUGACAGACAAUUAUCUGAAGACUUUCGAUUGGGAAGCUUCUGAUUACGCCGUACAAAUUCAGCAACGUUUUUACAAAGUUUCGGCUCUCGGCGGAAAAUCGCUGGAGAAAACUCAAAAACUGCUGGAGAGAGGUUACGGUGCUUCGCACAUCGCUGAGGUUUUGAAAAUUUCGGUGUCGAAAGCAACAAAUAUAACAGCGAAGUUAAGACUUGAGGAGAGAAGAGAAGAUGGAGAAAUGCUGAAAAAUUUCUUCGAAUCUUGUCUCUCGCUCGGUCUGGAUGUCAAGGAAAUCAAAAAAUUCGUUUUGGGCGACAACGAAUUCAAAUUGUACGGUCUCGAAGAAAAUGUCAAACUCGAUGAACUCUGCUUUCGGAUGAAGCUUCCAGUCAAACGAUGCAAGGAGUUGCUGAAAAUGGUGCUGAAAACUAUUUUGGAUAAAUUUCAAAAAUCACUAAAUACGGAUAAACUGGAGGCGGAGCUUGCGUGGAAAUUGGCUAUUGGAGAGAUUUCCACUACAAAACCACCAAUAGAAGAGCACCAAAUAUUCAAAGCAUUGGAAGUUUUUUGCCAACAAAUUGAGCGAGACGAUACGGCAACGUCCAUGAAAGCAGCAAGAAAAGGAGAGAAGAAUUUGAAGACCGAAGGAAUCACUGGAUUUCAAUGUGAUCAGUCUUCUGAAUACCAGCUCAUUCACACCAAAAUUUUCUACGAAAUGAUGAUGUCUUUGGAACAAAAAUUCUUCAAAGAUCUUCGCCAUGAAAACCGAUGUCAGCUCAAGCUACACUGCCUGCUUUGGGCAUGGAAACGACUUGAGGUUUGGGAGAAGAUCCACGUGGCGAAAGACAAAAAUCGAUACGAAGCCGUUCUGGAAUUCGAGUUGGCAAAUCCAUUGGCGAUAAUCCUUAAAUCUCAAAUUUCUCAUUUUCAGGAAUCCCGCAUAACAACCAUCAAACACCCCAUCAAGCCACGUCAUCUUCUGAAAUCCGCCAUCGAAGCCUACAUCCUCUACAAGGACCGAAAAUCCAGCGGAAAUUUCAAAUUUCCCGCCAAACUCCACCCGCUCAUCGCCACCACGCCUUCAGGCAUCAUUCAGGAGACGUUAUCAAAAAUUUUGGAUCCAGAAAAUUCUGAAUAUUUAUCACUGAAGAAGGCAAAAAAGAGAGUGGAAAACGCGUCGGGAAUGAAGAUUCUAGUGGAAUUGACGUCGAAUCAGAAGGCGAUUCAGAUGAAGGAUUCUGAAGACGUGGAGGAUUCAGAAGACGAAGAAGACGUUGACAUCGAACGUCUUCUAAAAUAUUCUAGAAAAAUUUCACGUGAAAUAGACGAAAAGAGGAAAAUAGAAAUGGAUGAGAUACUGGAAAAAGCAGAUCCCGAGAAAAUUUGGUUAAAAAUGUCUGAAAAUUCGGAAAACUUGGAGAUGAACGAAGACAUGAUGAAGAAGAAGACGUCGCUGAAGAAAAUCGCCAAAAAGCAGAAGAAAAAUGUGAGAAAUCGAUCGAAAAAAUUGGUGGAGGCGUCAGAUGAUUCAGAUCAAGAUGGCGUGAUCUGUUUAGAAGACACUUCAGAAGACGUGAAGAAUAAAGAUCCCGCGAAGUCCAAAAAUAAAAAAAGGAAGGAUCCAGAAGAGUUCCCAGAAGACAUUUCAAAUUCUGAAUCCAAAAAAUCUGAAAAAAGAAAACGUCGAAGUACAAAAGACGUGACGGAUUCUGAAUCCAAAUUUACUAAAACGAAGAAGAAGAAGAAGACUUCUGAUGACGUGCCAACUUCGGAAGACUUUCCGGGAGACGUGGCGGAUUCUGAAUGUGAAAAGUGGAUAAAAGAGGAGUCAGUUGACGUGGCGGAUUCUGAAUGGACGAAAGUGACAAAAAAGAAGAAGGAGAAUUCUGAAGACGUGCCAACUUCAGGAGACUUUCCAGACGUUGAGAAUUCUGAAUGUGAAAAAUGGAAGAACGGGGAUCCAGAUGACGUGGCGGGUUCUGAAUGGAAGGAGGCGACAAGAAAGAAACCGGAGAACUCUGAAGACGUAACCAAAACAGAGGACGUGAAUGAUCCAGAAGACAAUUCAGAAGACAUGGAAGUUGCAAAAUCGGCAAAGUCAAAAAAGAAGAAAAAGAAGGAUUCAGGUGACGUGAAGUCGGCGAAGAAAACUCCAGAAGCUUCCUCAGAAGACGUGGUGGAUGCUGAAUUAGCGAAUUUGAAAAGAAAGAAGAAGAAUUCUGACGACGUGGCAGAAGACAUUCCAGAAGAUGUGGGGGAUUCAGAAUUCAGGAAGUCCAAAAAACGAAAACGCCGAAGUUCAGAAGACGUUACCGUGACAAAGACGGAUGAAAUAAAUUUAGUGAGUUUACUAAUUUUAAUUUAUCACUCUCAAAAAAUCGGAUUUGCAUCAAUCACGGCGGUAAAAGCAGACACAUGA